AGGCAGCCCCGCCGAGCCCCGCGCGGACGGACCCCGCAACACCCCCCCCACCCCAGGGAAGCCAUGGAGGAGCUCACGGCUUUUGUAUCCAAAUCUUUUGACCAGAAAAGCAAGGAGGGUAGUGGCGGCGGCGGCGGCGGCGGCGGCGGCUGCAAGAAGGAUUCGAUCACGUACCGGGAAGUUUUGGAGAGCGGACUGGCGCGCUCGCGGGAGCUGGGGAGCUCGGACUCCAACCUCCAGGACAUUACGGAGGCCGGCGGCCACUGUCCCGUGCAUUUGUUUAAGGACCACGUGGACAACGACAAGGAGAAACUGAAAGAUUUCGGCACGGGGAGGGCCGCGGAAGGUCUGUACGAGUGUAAAGAGAAGCGCGAGGACGUCAAGUCCGAGGACGAGGAUGGACAGACCAAGCUGAAGCAGCGGCGCAGCCGCACCAACUUCACGCUGGAGCAGCUGAACGAGCUGGAGCGGCUGUUCGACGAGACGCACUACCCCGACGCCUUCAUGCGCGAGGAGCUCAGCCAGCGCCUGGGGCUCUCCGAGGCGCGCGUGCAGGUCUGGUUCCAGAACCGGAGGGCGAAGUGCCGGAAGCAAGAGAACCAGAUGCAUAAAGGCGUUAUCUUGGGCACCGCCAGCCACCUGGACGCCUGCAGGGUGGCGCCCUACGUGAACAUGGGCGCCCUGCGGAUGCCUUUCCAACAGGUAGCUCGGGACCCCUCGGCGCGGGCUCACGCUGCGCGUCUGCUCCCCCAGGUCCAGGCCCAGCUGCAGCUGGAAGGCGUGGCGCACGCGCACCCGCACCUGCACCCGCACCUGGCGGCGCACGCGCCUUACCUGAUGUUCCCGCCGCCGCCCUUCGGGCUGCCCAUCGCGUCGCUGGCAGAGUCCGCCUCGGCCGCCGCCGUCGUGGCCGCCGCCGCCAAGAGCAACAGCAAGAACUCCAGCAUCGCCGACCUACGGCUGAAGGCGCGCAAGCACGCCGAGGCCCUGGGGCUCUGA